CCUAUACUGUACCUGUUUAUUGCUUCCAGUUUAUAACUAAGAACUGAGAAUAUCCUUCCACCUUCCCUUUCCCAUCGCAAAACCAAAGUAUUUUCAGUACUAAUCACAACACCACAAUGACCGACCCUAUCCUCCAAAUUCCCGAGGUCAUCCAGACGGCUUCCAUCAACCGAAACCCCUCGCCGGACCACGACGUCAACCCGCCGACCGCAGCCUCCGAAAAGCAGCCCGUAGCUGAAGAUGCUCUCUCCGAAGCUGGCAGCAUCCCCUCCGAUAUCGUUGACCCUCGCCAUAUGGUCAGACCGGCCACCCGGCGCCAUAAUUUCCCCCCACUGCCCGACCUGCGCUUCGAACAGAGCUAUCUCGCCAGCUUGCGUGGCGCCGAUACCUGGGGACGAGUUGCGUGGAUCACCAUCAGAGACCAGGUCCUCCUUCCUCUGAUGCAGGGUACGCUCUGGACGCUGGCCCUCUCCGGCUGGCGCUUCUGGAACCGCAAUGCCUCCCUCAGCGGACAGACUCUGGGCAGCAGAAUCCGUCGAUGGUGGUACGAGGUCAACAACUGGAAGCUCCCUCCUCUGGGCUCGGCCAGAGAUCCUCGGGUUGCCGCCAAGGUAGAUGACUUUCUGCAGUUCUACACGGCCCAGUUCUCUAAUGCCGUCUGA